AUGUUCUCACAACAGCUAGCUCAGCAAAGAGCAGAGUCUCAAGAGCUUCUUCCUCCUCCUACAUCAGAUCCUACUCCUGCCACUCGUGGCUCUUUAAUUGAUGCAGCUAUCGACCAGUUACUAAAAGACCAGCCCAGCCAAGAUGACGCUAACUACGUUUCUAAGGCUCGAGAAAAGUCAGAUCUCACUAGACUUCUACAUGUUCACGUUGAGUGUAACGAUGGGGAUACUCUAGUUAUCGUUAAUUUUCCCUCAGGUUAUUUAAGUUGUGGGAGGGAAGAGUGGAUCUCAAAACGCUUCUGCGUCCAUUCGGAGAGACUCCUUGCUACUGGUUCUAAGGUCUUCGCAAAUUUAUUGUCGCCCAAGAAACAAGCCCGCUUCCAGAAGAGAUUGGAACUUGCUGGUGAAACUGUUCCAAAGAAAUUCAUUAUUGAUCUCACUCCUUCGACCGAGGGAGACGAUCUGGCUGCCCAGCUCAUAGAGUUGUCUUUGCCCCCUAGCGUUACCGACUGGUGGACAUCAAAGGAGAGACUUGGUAUAUCACCAUAUCUGGUUUCGGGGCACGACGAUCACUGCCCUCACCACGACGAAGUUCCUAUAGACUGUGUAAAAAAGACGUCAUACAUAGAACAGGAAUUAGGACUUAGAGAACGCCUUCCAACAAUCGAUCUAGGUGACAUCGAAACGACAAAAUCCAGGAAUAUCGACGAUUAUUGCCCUAUCCGUCAUCGCGUCAAUAUCGUUCGUCUUCUUUUAGCCAUAGAAGGUUAUGAUCUGGUCUUGAACUCGGCAUCCCGUGUCUACACGCUCACAAGUAUUGCCGGCAUACUAGACUGCACACGUGUUAUUCGAGACUCCGUGUAUACCUGGCUUUUAGAAGAACCCAACACCGAAUUUAUUGAUAUCAAUGCCGAAGUUGCGUUUAAAAUCGCGUGGACGUUGGAAAUAGAUAGUAUCACCCGAGCCGCGUUUCGCAUCCUCGUCGUUGAGAAGGCCCUGGAUACUCUCGCUGCUCAACCCCCAGCACAAAAAGAUCGAUAUACAGUAUUCGGACGCCCUCGUGUGGAUCUACCUGACGAUCUGCAGACUGUUGUUCAAUAUGCAGCGCAAAGGCUUGCCGAUCGUGUUCACCAAACACUCGCAAUGUUCAAAUCGGAUCAGUUCUAUGAUGUGCUCGAAAUAUCGGAAUACCGAAAGUUCGCAAAUGUCGGCGAGAUCAUCCGCACAGCCAUUUCUACCGGCUCAAGCCCGAGUAGCGGCCGGUCAACCUCGAAGACAGAUUUCAUACGCGAUAAAAUACUAGAUAGACUACUUGAUUCGUUCUCUACCCUUUAUACAAAGCUACAAGAAUAUAAGGAUAAAGUCAUACAGAAGGCAAUGUAUUCCGAAGCUGUGUAUGACCAGCAAAGCGCCUACGAUCGCAAUCGUCGAUGUUAUGUGGAACAUCCAAGACGAAUUCCUACUUCCCUUAUCACAAAUCAUUUCACCUAUGCCCAACAUCUUCUAACCCCGUGGUUCUGGGUUCAUCUGGCUUCGUAUCCUAUCGACUUCCUGGGACCGUGCUAUCUCGUCGAUUUUCUGACUCUAUACGUGGACGAUUUCAACGACAAACUAACCAAAGCGACACCCUACCUCGACGGAGGAGGUAGCUAUGAUGAAUUAGCGAUCCGUUUCCACCUAGAGGACUUUCGCAUCGAGCUUCACGCUGCCCUGGCAAAAUUAUGGACUACCUGGACAAAACCCGAAUUGGAAGUGCCGCUCACUAGAACAGAGCACAUCAUCCUAGCACUGUCGGAAGACGAGUUCCAGUAUCUCCCCCUUUGGGCUGGCGGACUUAACGACGGGAGCGGCGGCGUUUUUCAACCCACUGUCCCAGACGCAGACCUGGGCCCCAUUGGCCCCGGUCCAGCCUACCGCACGGGUAAUACAGUGGCGACAGAUACUUCGAGCAUCUGCCAAUCCGACAAGACUCCUGGCGAAGUCAGUACCGCCACCUUAACCGCCGGACGGUCCGUAAACGCCGUACUGUCGAAUAUAGGACCCAGCACCGUCCCCGACGGUACAUCUGUAUCUGUAUCAGACAGCCGCGUCUCAUUUACACCUGCAGCGAGCACGACCGGGUCAACGGCUACCCUGGAUAGAGAUGAUAGCGACGGAUAUGAAUCCGAUGACAAUGAUGAUAUUGACGAGGAGGCCUGGUCUCAGGUUGAAGAGCCAUUGACGUAG